AACAGCUAAUAGAUCUAUCCUGUUAAAAUACGUUCCGCGGCUCAAACGUGCCCGUUAAACCGACCUCCUCGACGUGAUCGUGUAUUUGUCACUCUUUCUAGGUUCUCUGUGAACGGGUGCGUGUGAGAAGGUAGCGCCCAAGGGGGUGGGACGAAGCCAAGUUCUCUCAGUCUCUCUCUCUCCGAACCAAGCGGCGGCUGCGGACAGUCUCACAGCGCAAGGCGACACGAGUCCCUGAGAGUGUUGUUCAUUUCCUCCGGUUGCCUGCGGUUUUCUGUUUUGACGACUACGUCGCGUUUGUUUCGCCCGGUCAAAAAACGGUUCACUAGUAGACGACCUGACGAAAGAUGAAUCCAGCGGCGCGAAAGACUUUGCUGCUGCUGUUAUUCGUUUUGAUAAUGCAAGACUGUUUUUCCUCUAAGGGGGAGGACAGGCUUUUCCGGAGACUUUUCCGGAGAUACAACCAGUUCAUCCGGCCGGUGGAGAACGUCUCCGAUCCGGUGACCGUGGAGUUUGAGGUGUCCAUCUCACAGCUGGUCAAAGUGGAUGAAGUGAAUCAGAUCAUGGAGACGAAUCUGUGGCUGAGACACAUCUGGAAUGACUACAAGCUGAGUUGGGCCCCAGUGGAGUUUGAUGGCAUUGAGUUUAUCAGAGUUCCCUCCAACAAGAUCUGGAGGCCAGACAUUGUUUUGUAUAACAAUGCUGUGGGAGACUUCCUGGUGGAAGACAAGACCAAGGCCCUGUUGAAGUUCGAUGGAACGGUGACAUGGGUCCCCCCCGCCAUCUUCAAAUCCUCCUGCCCAAUGGACAUCACCUACUUCCCCUUCGACUACCAGAACUGCUCCAUGAAGUUUGGCUCCUGGACCUACGACAAGGCCAAGAUUGACCUGGUGCUCAUAGGGUCAAAGGUCAACCUCAAGGACUUCUGGGAGAGUGGCGAGUGGGAGAUCAUCGACGCUCCUGGCUACAAGCACGACAUCAAGUACAACUGCUGUGAGGAGAUCUACCCGGACAUCACCUACUCCUUCUACAUCAGGAGGCUCCCGCUGUUCUACACCAUCAACCUCAUCAUUCCCUGUCUGCUUAUCUCCUUCCUAACAGUCCUGGUCUUCUACCUGCCCUCCGACUGUGGAGAGAAGGUGACCCUGUGCAUCUCGGUCCUCCUGUCCCUGACUGUCUUCCUCCUUGUCAUCACUGAGACCAUCCCCUCAACGUCCCUGGUCAUCCCCCUUAUCGGAGAGUACCUCCUCUUUACUAUGAUCUUCGUCACCCUGUCCAUCGUCAUCACCGUCUUUGUCCUGAACGUCCACUAUCGUACCCCCAUGACCCACACCAUGCCGGGUUGGGUGAGGUCUGUCUUCCUCAGGGUACUGCCCAGAGUCAUGUUGAUGAGACGGCCUAUAGACCAGGAUGGCAAGGCCCCGUCUUCAGACAGCGGGGAGGAGAGAGGAGCAGCAGGAGGUUGCGGAGGCGGGAAAGGGAGAAAGAAGAGGAAGGAUAGUCUAACGGGCGGGAAUUGCCUGGAGUUCGGAGACAACAAGCUAACAGAAGGAGGCUGUGGAGGAGGAAAGACGUGCCCGUGCCCCUGCCAACACGGGAAGGAGACCCCGGACUCGGCAGACGCGGGGAAACUGAGCCGCCAGCUGAGUCCCCAGAGCAUCAACACGGUGGUGGCCUUCUCCGUCCUGUCGCCCGAGAUCAAACAGGCAAUAGAGAGUGUCAAGUACAUCGCAGAGAACAUGAAGAGCCGCAACAAGGCCAAAGAGGUGGAGGACGAUUGGAAGUAUGUCGCCAUGGUGAUAGACAGGAUCUUCCUGUGGGUGUUUGUGACCGUGUGUAUCCUCGGAACUCUUGGCCUCUUCCUGCAGCCUGUCAUUGGCUUCCUGUCAUAACCCCUGACCAAUCGAGGCUUGCCGGCCUCCGCCAAGUCUCUGCCGACCACCGAUCAGUGUUGUCAGCCCAUCGCCACCCAAAUGGACCUCUUGGGUUUGUGUAGAAAAUUUGAAUGAAUGAAUGACAUCAUCCUGCCAAUCGAAUGAGCUGUCACUGUCAUAGAGUGUAACUGAAAAUAGUUUGAUGUUUUUUUUUAUUCUCCAGCCAAAUGAGUUGUCACCGGACCACUGGAGAUGUGGUUGUGUUGUCACAGUUUUUAUUCUUUUUUUCUGUCCCGACUAUUGACCUUAUGUGGCGUUCUUGCUAGGUACAAACACUGGAACGAGUUUCCAUGACGGCUAUUUCCCAACACAAACGUGUGUUCUUGAGUGUGUUUGUACUUGGCUGUCAGUUUAAAAUACUCCAGUUGUAUACUUUUAUCAGCAAAGCACGAUCAAUAACACCAAGGGGAACCAUUCAAAGGGAAAAAGACUGGGACUUGAGUGAUGGCAAUUUUCCUUUUCAGUGUACGUGCAGUUUUCGUCAGCAUGACCCCUAACUAGCUUUCACAACACACUGGAUACAGGAACUUAGUCUGGACGAAAAUGCAUUUCUUCCAUGUCACUCUUCCAUGUCACUCUGCCAUGUCACAAUUCCCCAGUAACUGCUCUUUUGGUUGGUAGAACACACAUGCUCCUGUACAUACUGUAGACACCUAGAAUCUGAACUCAAUCAAUGAUCCGUCGGAGUCGAUGUGUGUGUCGGCACCAAUCAGCAGUCUCCAAUCACAGCUGACGUUGUGCGUCAGAGCCAAGAGUAAGUCGUAUGAAUCAGGUCUAUGUUGUAACUGAUCCCAUUUAAUGUACCGAUGCGUCAGAACCAAUCGACAUGAUGCUUCACAUUCCGGUAAACGAAACCGCCGGCCGACCACAGAGUGAGGUGAUUAGAACCCAUCUGUGCGAGUUAGGACACAACGAUGGGCUCUUUAGCAACGUUUUAGAAGGCAUUAUUGGCAAGGCGCUGGGUAGACAUACAAAGAGAUUGGAUUAGAUUUGAAUUGCUCAAUCCGGAAAUAGCAACUGCCUAGCAACGCGUAUGCACAGAUAUUAAUUCAUCUAGGGACUUCUAUCAUCCAAUUCCAUGGCUAUUAAUUUUAUUUUACUAUUAAUCAUCGGUUUUAAUUAAGUUUCUCUAUUCAGUGUAUCAGACUCCUGAAAUACAAGACACGGAAGAUAACGCAUUUAGAAUAGGAGAAUCCCAGCUGGCAGUCUUUACUCUACAUAGUUCAAUACAUAGCAAAAGUAUUGUACUAUGGAAGGGAAUAAUGAUUUAUUUUGGGAGUCAGUCCAAUGGCUUCUGCAUCUAUAUAUUAUAGCACUUAUACAAGAACUACAGGAUGAGAAGACUUACUGUACAUGAUUAUCAUCACCUUAUACAGUAGGAUGACUGCUUUCAUUUGUUGUUAUUCUGAUUAAUUUCAAGCAUUAAGGCUUCUAAUUGUUUGUCUCGUUAGCAACACCCGCCUGUUACAGGCAUCAAGUGACUGGCACUUUUGUACCAAUGUUUCCUGCUCUUGUGUAUAGUAUGGAUGUUCUUCUGUAAGUAUUUGGAAUAAAUUCAAUAUUUCUCCAAAGAAAGGAAAAUC